GGAGAGGUCGUUCGCACGCACAGUUUGGCCUGUUUACUUCCGCCGGCCUAGACCCGGGGCAAGGAGAUGUAGCACAUGGGCUUCCCUGUAUGGAGUUCGUCGAGGAUGUAACGACCCUGGGUAACACUGGGACAGGCCUUAGAGGGUGAGAAUGUGGGUCCCAGGGGUGGGACUUCUUUCGAGGCUGAUGCUGUCAGCCUUGACCCGCGCUGGGCGCUUUUGCAUUUUGAAGUCGGGAGCGGUGAGGCUGAUGGACGUCCCGGCGGGGAACCGCCGUGGCUUGUCUGACUACUACCCGCACCUGAUGCCCAGUGUGGGAUUUGGAAAAUCGUCCUCGCGUGUUUACAGAUGCCGCUCAGAGACCAAGCGGUACAUAACCAGCCCUAGAGUGGCUGAGACCUUGGUGCGGAUCCUACGGGGAAAACGAAAAUCUUGCCAGCUAUUCCUGGAAUGCAAUCCAGGUCCUGGAAUCCUGACACGGGCAUUGCUUGAAAGUGGUGCCAAAGUGAUUGCCCUUGAAAGUGACGAGACUUUUAUUCCACAAUUGAAGUCCUUAGGAAAAAAGGUGAAUGGAAGACUAGAAGUGGUCUACUGUGACUUCUUUAAACUGGAUCCUAGAAGUCGUGGAAUACUAACACCUCCCGUUAUGACUUCAGAUAUGCUUUUUCAGUAUUUGGGAAUAGAAGCACAGCCUUGGUCAAAAGGUGCCCCUUUAAAAGCAAUUGGGAUCUUACCACCUAAACAUGAGAGAAGUGCACUUUGGAAACUUUUACAUGACCUAUAUUCCUGUACUUCUAUAUAUAAAUAUGGACGACUAGAACUAAACUUGUUUAUUAGUGAAAAGGAAUGCCGGAAAAUAAUGGCAAAUCCCCAAAAUCCAAGCUUGUAUCAAGCAUUAAGUGUGCUCUGUCAAAUAGCUUGUGGAAUUAAGCUCCUGCAUACAGAGUCUUGCUUAUCAUUUGGCACAUAUACCGCAAAUGGGCAGCUGGCAAAGCAAAAGCAUAGGGAAUCAUUAGAACAAAACCUGUGUUUUAUUCAACUGACUCCUCAUAGGAAUUUAUUUGCAGGAACCUUAACACCUUUUAACUAUGAUGUGUUUUUUCACAUGUUAAGGCAGUGUUUUAUGAAACGCAAUGCCAAGCUAAUAGACCAUUUACAUUCAUUGAGUCCAAUUGAUGCAAUGCAUAUAUUGAAGCAAAUUAAAAAAAAUAAAGAUGUGAAAGUAAUAGAUAUGUACCCUGAAGACUUUCAGCACCUUUUUGAAACCAUAGAGUGUUCCAAAGAUGAUCACUAUAAGUGGCUAUAUGAUGACUUCAUGGAAGAUGUAAUCAUAUAGAGAAGUGGACUGAUAAGACAUUAACUGGAGCUGUUUAUUUAUUUGGAAAUUAUGGCACAAAUGAAAAAGAACUGAGUUUGAAAAACUCACAUCCUUUCAACAGAAAAUAACUGUUCUUGUUUUGCACAGCUAGGCAGAUCAAUUCUUGUGCCAUUGAUACCAUUACUGUAUUGGAUAAAAUAAUGGCUGCUAUUUUAUUCAAACUGAAUAAAAGGAAAACUUCAGUUAAUUGUGGAUUUGAUCAAAUUGGAUUUGUUUUGUUUUAAAUUCCUAUCUACUAUAAGCAUACUGGUAGUUAUAGGGUAUUAGCAGAUGAAACUUAGUUUUAGAAAUUCUUUUGGCCAAAUAUCUUACAUUAUACUUAAAUAUUCCAUUUUCACUGUCGAUUUUUAUAUCCUCCUGGGGGAGCAGAAGAGUUUGUACGUAAUUAAACUUGGAAAGUAAACUGAUUUAGUGGGUUUUUUUACUUUUCAGUUUGUUGAAAUGUAUUAUCAAGUACUGUACAAUGAAAUUAUUUAAAUUUUAAUAUGGUUUAAAUUUUUUUAGAAAUUAAAAUAUUUUAAGUAAUAAGA